CUUCUACAACUCAUACUUAACAGUUCACAGUCUUGGGAGUCACGGGCGGCUUUUGUGUCCGGAUGCAGGACACAUUUAGUCAUUUUUUUCUUUACAAUGCUACUCUGUGUUUGAAAAAAUUGGACUUUGGGGGUGUUGGUAUCACUUGGGUUGAAUAUGUUGUCUCACUGAAAUUGGUGUAGAUUGUUUGCUAUGAAGAUGUUUUGAAGCUGGGUAUUAUCAUCUUUAGCUAGUCGAGUUGCUGAAUGAAGCUUGGAGAAAUUCUCCUGCUUGAAGUACUUGGGGAGGGAGCAAAUCACGAGCGAAUUCAGCGGGGCGCCAAACCGGAGGUUUUCGACGCCGAUUUCGUCGAUCAGCUUCUAGGUCUUGAUGAGAAAUGGGAUGGGCAGAGAUAUUUGCGGAGUCCCUAGAUUUGUAUCCCGAACGUGCGGAGACAACUGAACCAUUUCAAACGCGAGAGGAGCCGCUCCCUUUGGGUUAUUGGGUACAUGCAUAUCUGUUUCUCAACUUGGAUAAUAUUUGAUGUAAUCUAAACUGAGAUGUACAUGUAAAGUAUUAUAAAUAGACAACAAUACUCUCUCUCUCGCGGAUCCUCACAACAUGCAUAUUAUCUUUAGCCUAGUAAUUUCAAUAGCAUUACUUCCAAGUCCUACCAUCUCCAUAACCAAAUGCGAUUUUCCGGCCAUCUUCAACUUCGGUGACUCAAAUUCAGACACCGGAGGUUUGUCGGCAGCAUUUGGACAAGCCCCUCCACCCAAUGGGGAAACAUACUUCCAUUCUCCAGCAGGACGGUAUUCUGAUGGACGUCUAGUAAUUGAUUUCAUAGCGGAAAGCUUGGGACUACCUUAUCUUAGUGCUUAUCUGGACUCUGUGGGUUCAAACUUUAACCAUGGAGCCAAUUUUGCAACUGCUGGAUCAACUAUCAGACCUCAGAACACAACCAUGUCACAGAGUGGAUAUAGUCCGGUUUCAUUAGACGUCCAGUUUGUUCAAUUCUCAGAUUUUCACAGAAGAUCCCAAAUAUUUAACAAAAAAGGAGAAGUCUUUGAGAAAUUGUUGCCCAAGGAGGAUUAUUUCUCUGAAGCUCUGUACACCUUUGACAUUGGCCAAAACGAUCUCACUGCUGGUUACAAACUCAACAUGACCACUGAACAAGUUAAGGCAUAUGUUGUCCCUGAUGUAUUGGGCCAGUUCUCAAAUAUCAUUAUGUACAUAUAUGGUCAAGGAGGAAGAUCAUUUUGGAUACACAACACAGGCCCAGUGGGCUGUCUGCCAUACAUUUUGGACCGCUUCCUCGUCGCAGCGGCCCAAUUAGAUGAAUAUGGGUGCGCCAGCCCGUUCAAUGAGGUGGCCCAGUAUUUUAACCGCAGAUUGAAAGAAGCCGUAGUCCAACUCAGGAAAGAGCUUCCAGAGGCCGUAAUCACCUAUGUUGAUGUCUACGCAGUGAAGUACACCCUCAUUACCCAAGCCAAAAAAUAUGGAUUCCAGCAUCCUCUUGUAGCAUGCUGUGGGCAUGGUGGGAAAUAUAAUUUCAACCGGUACGUGAAAUGUGGGGCCAAGAAGACUAUCAACGGUAAAGAGAUUUUGAUGGCAAAUUCGUGCAAAGAUCCAUCGGUUCGGGUUAAUUGGGAUGGGGUCCAUUUCACCGAGGCCGCAAACAAGUGGAUAUUCGGACAAAUAGCUGAUGGCUCAUUUUCGGAUCCACCAAUUUCAUUGCAAAUAGCUUGUCAAAGGAUAUAAAUUUCCUUUGAAUUAAAGAAAUUUCUUUCAAAAAAGUCUAAAAUAUUUGUUAUGCGUUCUUUAACAUGUAAGAACUUUUAUAUAUAUAAUUUUUUAAUUAACACGUGAAAAAUACUUAAUUUUUUAAUAUUUCAAUAAACAUAUAAUAAUUUUGAGUAA